GAUGUGAUUAUUAUUUUUAUUUGAAAGUGUCAUUUGAGAAAAGCAUUUCUAUGCCUCAUCAUCCACACUACUUACUACACAACAUUUUACUGCCCGCUUCUUCUUCUGUCAUGCCUAUUUUAUGCAUAUAAUAUCAUAUCAUAAAAGAGGAGAGUAACAUUUAUACUUAAUUAUUUUCUCAUGAAUUGAGUAUAAUUGAUUGAGUCUAUGUAUUCUCAUGCCUAUUUGACAAUUCACAAUUAAUAUUCAUAUUUGAUUAGUUUUGUAAAAAUCCCUUGUUAAAAGAAUUACACAUAGAACAAACAGACAGGCAGACAGUAUUACGCAUAUUACGCAAUCAUCUACGAAACAAAUAUUAAUGCAUACAUAAACAUACAUAUGCACAAUUAUCAAGACUAUUCGUCGAAUGAAUCCCCUUUGAGUCCACCAGUUGUUACACAGAUUACAUCUCCUAAUGCUGUAACAACAACAACAACACUAACAACAACGGCGGUAACUGGGACUAUAAACACACCUUCGAGGAGUAAAUUGGAUCGAAAGCCGACUAGAGAAUUAUCGUUACAAUAUCCAGGAAUAAAUCCAAAUGUGUUGUCAGCCACUGCUACUACUACUCCUGGAACAGAUUUGCAUAAAAAUGAUUCCGUGACGGUGAAUUUUCUGGUGACUAGUGGAGAUACUUCUACUACUACUACUGCUGCUACGCUUACUGGAAAUAUUAGUAGUACUAGUAGUAGCAGUGGUCAGCAGACUAUUGAAUUCCCUAAAUCCUCUCUUAUUGGAAUAUCACCGAAAAUUUCAGAGUAUAUCUUACCAAAACCGAAGCGGCCUUCAUUAAUACGUAGAAAAGCGAAUAUCACAGAUACAGAUGCUUUCGAUGUUGUUGUUAGUACAACAACUCCGGGAACAGCGACUACUACUACGACUGGCAUCAGUGCUAGCAAGAGUGAUAACGGUGCUGGAAUUGAUUCAACUUUUCUCAUGACUAAAAAGAACAAUUCAGCAGAUGAACAAAAUCAGACUGUAUUAUCCCCGUCGACAACAUCAUUAUCAUCAUCAUCAGCACUAUCCUCAACAUCGAAAAAGACUGAUACUGCAAGAUAUCUCAUGAAUGAAACAGGUAUUGAAUAUAGUAAUAAAGCGAAAUCAUCAACGCAAGAAAAAACAUGUUCACCGCUUCAUCCGUGUCCUUCAUCCUCUCCAGUAUCUCCACUGGGGUAUAAUCUACAUCAUGAUUCUCUAGAUCAUUCACCUGGGAGUAAAAGUAGAGAGAAUAUCAACAACACGCCAUCAAGCAUUCCUGUGACAAGUAGCACUACCAUAAACAGACAUAAAUCGAAAGAUAAUGAAACGUGUACAUCAAAAACUGUAGUGAAAUCAGCAUCAAUUUCACCAUCGAAAAAGAAUCGUUUAAAGCAUCAAAUCUCACAGCCAAUGAAUACACGGAAUCGUACAUCACGUAAACUUAGCACAUCCUUAUAUUGUAAUUCAGAUACAAGUUUUUUAUCUAUGCUAGCAGCAAGUCGUCCAUCCGCUGCUAAAGGUCUACUGGGUGUAGCAAGUGCAGCAUUAGCAGCGGCUAGAGCUGGUACCUUUUUAAAUACAAAUGAAACACUUAGCACGCCUAGUAAGCUGGAUAAUAAUAGUAAUAAUGCAAGAAGUUCACAUUCUGCUGAAAGAAGUCAACAACAACAUCAACAACACACCUAUUGCCAUUAUCAUCGUUAUCAUCAUCCUGAUAACAAUCAUCAAAUAGGAUGUGUAUACUGUUCUAGUUGUCCACUGAAACCGUCUCUUCACCACAGGCAGACAUUAUCAUCAUCGGGUAAAAUGAAUUGGUUAGGUGAACAGCUAUUGUUACACGGGUAUAAGACAAGACGAUUCUCUGACCCUGAUCUAAAUGUCACCGAUGAAUGCAUAGAUACAGCUUAUUUAAAAUUAUUAAUUUAUUUAACGCAUAAAUCACCACAUGCAUUUUUUGAAGAAGAUCACUUCCACUAUUGCCCUGAACAGUUGUUAACUGAGAAUUAUGUGCAGAAUAAUCGAAAAGCCUCUUUACAUGAUGUAAUACCGACAACAACUGGAAUACCACCUGUCAUUGGCUCAGAGAUGCCAAUUGAUGAUCUGACUAAUUUUAAUACUGGAAUUUAUACAAGUCUGAUGGAUUUAAAUGCAGCAAAUCUUUUAUCACCAGGUAAUGAUUUAAGCGAAAUAAGUAAGUGCAAUUCAACAUUCCUAUUGAAUACAGAUCAUUCAUAUUCUGAUUUCUUAGAGGCAAAAGAGCAUUCAAAUGUAUGCGCCUGUUGUCGACCAGGCAUAUCUCAUCAUGACUUGGACAAUAAUAAUAAUAAUCUACAGUCGACACAGUCUUAUCAACAUCCACAACAUCAUUCACCAUCAAUUCAACAGCAGAAACCAACUGGAUUGAAUAAACAUGACAUAAACAUAAAAUCUGGUUUGUCGAAAGGAAACACUGGGCAGACAGUUCCUGUUAGUUUCACACCACAUGUUAGUAAACCAAGACGUGCUGGACUCGAUGCAAUCGGAUUAGAUUUUAUGCGUGCCAAUGGUGCAAGACCAGGUUUAAUACAAUUAAGACAUGUGAAAGAGUUUAAAGCUGCCAAGGAACUAGAACAGCAGCAGCAGCAACAGCAACGGAAAGAAGAAGUCCAUGAAGCAAAGUCAAAAGUGACGAAACAUUCAAAUAUUGGUAAAAUUCCACUCGGUCUAUUCCCCGUUAGUACAACGUCAACUAGCAGUGGUCCAAGUAGUGGUGGAGCAGGUGUUAGCGGGCCAGGUAAUACAGGCGGAGGUGUAUUUGGAGCGCAUUCAUCAAGUCCAUUUCAUCAUCUUCUUUCUGGUGGUGUACUCGGAGCUACUGUAUUGACGCUAGCCGCUAAAGAUGGUCGUUCAACAAAACAUCAACAACAACAUCAACAACAAUCACAACAACCACAACCUCAAACAUCAUUAAUUUCAGUAGAUAAGCCAAACAAACAGUUGAGCAUAGAGGAGGCUAACAUGCCUGUCAAAACAUGUGAUCGUCAAAGGAGUCAUCAUAGCACUGAAGUAUUCUUGGAGGAAACUCUUCAAGACAGUAAUUUCACAGAUUCACCACGUCAGUGUGUAGACAGUCAUGAGGCUUUAGUUGAACUAACUCAUCAAAAUAAACUUCAUCUGUCAAAUGAAAUAAGUCAGACGCCUUCAGAGAGUCAUUCAUCAAACAAACAUCUUCGACGCCUUGAUAAACUGCGAAAUAAAUUAGCACGUUCUGCAACAGUGACUUCAUCAUCACCGACAAAAAAGCAUCCGCCUUAUCAAAUCACAAAUAACAAUCGUCAGCAUCAAUCACAGACAAUUGGACUGCAAGAGACUUUAAGUGUACCAGGUUUGACAAGAGAAUGGACUGAUGACAGUGACUAUACGGAUGAUUAUAAUAUUUAUAAAAGAAAUAACUCCACAGAGACAGAUGGUCGACCGCCUAGUUAUGAUAGUAGUAGUAUGUCACUGCAUACACACUCUGCUGUUUUAUAUAAUGAUCCUGCUCUGAAACAAACCGAUUCAUCGAUUCAAACAAAUCGUGGCUCCAGUUUUAAACUGCCAAAUACUGAUGUGAGUUCCUUUUCAAAACAAUCAAGUUUAGAAAAGAAUGAUACAACAAAAGGUGUACAAUACAAUAAUGCUUCGUUGAAAAAUGAACAACGCGCAAAUAGUGUAACGAAUUAUUUAAAUAUUUUUCAAAAUUCUGGUUGUCAAACAAGGCUCAAACGAUUAAGGGAUAAUUUUGAGAAAAGUAGAAGCUCCACGUAUACCUGGAGACCAACAUGGACUAUGGGUGAGUUAUUAGAGAAUAGAACAGAUGAAGAACAGCCGUUGAUGGUCACCCGCAUAUCUGGUAGCGAUUCCAGAGUUUUUCAUAUCUCUGAACCAUUGAAUACAACAGCGGAGAAAAAAACGACUACAAAACCGAUGCCGAUGCCGACGCCAACAUCACUGCCUAUGUCGAUAACACCGCUGAAACAAGCAUCAUUUGAAGCUAGUGAAAAUGUAAAUUCUCAAACAGUUGACGUUUGUAUCAUUAAAAAGCAAGAGAGAUAUUCACCGAAUGUAACAAUAGAACAAAUUCCUAGCGAGAAAGAUGAAGAUGAAGUGCAGAAGAGAUCUAUUGAAGCACCAUUAAUCAGUGUCGACUCAGAAGUGGAGGAUACAAACGAUGACAGUGAACCGAAUAUUAUGCAACGUCGGUAA